AUCUCUUCGCGGUGUGGUUCCAUCUCCUCUACUGUUUUUUUCUUCUCCCAGUCUCUCGUUGACACCCAAGUCAUUCGUUACCAAACACAAAAGUCUUUCGCUACCACUCUGUCUCGUUCACAUACACAGCCAAACUUAUUGUCAUACCAUACACCACCACCAUGAAGUCCACAUUGACUGCUGGGCUCGUGGCCUCUGUCCUUCUCCUGCAGCAGGCUGCGGCUUCGGGCGGCUGGGGUGAUGCACCAAGCUUUUCCAGUCCUUCCAACUGCAACAACACCUGUACUCCUGACCAGGAAGGCGGGUUCAACUGGUCCGGUCUACCCACAGGUGGAUUCAGCAACUAUGGUGGGUUCGGCUUCAGCGGGUUCACUUGUCAAGACUCGUUUCAGGGAAACAGAAAGAGGUCUCUCGAGACUCGCUCGGACUUUCAGCCCAAAUGCAUCCAAGGCAGCGUGGGCAAGUCCACGAGUGGUGGACCGAGCUUCUCCUGUGGCCAAGACGAUGCCUUCUCCAUCAGCCACAUGCAAGUCUCUGUCUCCUAUGACACCGACUUGGACUUCAUCUUCUCUAUGCCCGAUGGAUCAACUUGUAAGCACACUGCUUCGUGCAAGGCUUCAGGUUCAACCAUCGAGAACUCUCAAUGCGGUGGUGCCAAGUCGGUCACCUUCAACCUUCCCCCCAGCAGUGGAAAGAGCUCUUGCGACGUCGGUAUUCAUUCGAUCGGAUUCAACUGCAACAGCCCUCCUCCACCGCCUGCGACCAGCUCGACUACACCGGUCUUCUCAACUACCUCUCCUGUAGUAGAGACAACAUCAACCACGAAGCCUUGGGUGUGGACCACCACUCCUACAACCACUCCUACAACCACUCCCACCAUUCCGACCACCACAACCACUCCCGCUAUUCCGACCACAACGACCAUUCCUGUAAUCCAGACCACAACAACCACUCCAGGCAAGGAGACGCCGUCCACCACCUCCUCCUCCUCGACAACAACGACUCCGGGCUGGGGCUUCACGACCACCACAACCCCAGGAAAGGAGAUUCCCACCACUUCUAGCACUACCACGCCUGAAGUGGUUCCAACCACUACGACCACCCCUGCUGAGGUCCCAACAACAACCACACCUAGAAAGGAAAUCCCCACAACAACCACGACCACACCAGGAAAGCAAUUGCCACCCACUACCCUCUCAACCACGGUAUUUUCCACGACUUCUCCGUCGACCACACCAGGUAAACAAUUGCCGCCCACCACCCUCUCAACCUCUUUUUCGUCAACAUCGGCUGCUCCACCCCCGCCCGGGUCAUCUGCUCCUUGUCCACCUGUCCUCCCUAGCUGUUUGAACACCUGGCUCAGCCUGGUCCCCAAGUGCUCCUCCAACAGCGACACCAAAUGCUUCUGCCCGUCUCCAGAAUUCAUCUCCUCGGUCCAAGAAUGUGUCUCGGCCUGGUCGGGAAGCGACUCUGAGAUCUCGUCUGCCCUGUCCUACCUCGCUGGUAUCUGCGCCGACUUUGUCCCUCAGAACCCAGGUAUCUGCACCGGUAUCCCGACUGGCAUCACGCUGAUCCCCUCCGUCACGCCCGUCACAACCACCCAGACCAACGGUAUCGGUCGUGGCUCUCGACCCGCAGGGCCAACUCCUGCUCCAGUGACCACGCUCACCUUCACGGUGACCAAGAGUGAAGGAGGCGCUGUCACGACGACCGUCGCGGUGCCGGCCGUGAGCUUUGUCACUGCCACCGAGACAGGUCCCCAAGGUGGAGGAGUCGGCCUCGUCCCCUGGGGAAGCCCUGCGACUCCUACUCCUGUUUCUUCUGGAAACGGAUCAGGUGCGCCGGCUCCGGCAGGUGGAUGCUCGGGUAACGAAUGCCCUGCCCCCGCUGCCCCGGCUCCAGCGAGCAGCACCCGCGUGGCUGCAGGACAGACCUUUGCGGUUCCAUCUGCAUCGGGCACCACGGCUGGGGUUGCCCCCGCUCAAUUCACUGGUGCGGCAGGCAAGACUGAACUCGGUAUGCUGGCUGGAGCGUUGGCCAUCGUUGCGUUCUUUGCUUAGAGGACGGACUUUUGGUUCAAGACGCCAUUCGCCUAGUGUCAUGCGGAUCUGCAAUGGAAAGUGAAGAGAGAAUAUGGGAGGAUUGUUAUAACUUAAUUGUAUUAUUUUCCUUUGAAGAAAACGAUGGUUUGAGGAAAAGUGUCGACAAGAAAAACCACUAAAAAAAGAAGACUCAAAUGAUGGAAUGAUGUGCAAGAAAUCUGGCAACUUAUCAGAACAGAAACAUGGCAUAACAUAGCA